AUGGUUCCCACUUCCCCCCCUACCAAUUCAAUGACUCCCGACUCCAGUAGUACAUCCACCUGUACUCUUGCUGCCAAUUCAAAGGAAUCGAAUUCGUCGCUUCGGAAACCGAUAGCUUCAGGAAAUUUUUCCAAUCUUGAUGAUACUCCGACACCUUCAAAUUGUGAAACUCCAGAAUCCUUUGCAAAUACUAAGGCAACACCUCGGGUGGUGGUGGAGGACAUUAAGAGUCUACCGAUUCCAACCAUGCCGAUAACUCCACGAUCUCCUUGUCUCUCGCCAAGAUUAAGUGGGGCUGGAGAGGAUCAUUCACAGGGUUCGCUGAGCUAUGGACCUUUAAGUCACAUUAAACUGCCAUAUUCGACGCCUGUGAUGCAGAGGACGCAUCAGACUACAGGAGGAAAUGGGGCUGCAGGCUAUUUAAAGCAAGAAAAAUCGUACGUCAAUUCAGGCCAACCAAAUUCUGAAAGUAGGUGGCUGCAGUUUCAAUCGGACCAAACGUAA